AGCUAGCUAGCUAAUUGAAUCGGGUCUUGGCUAGAUGGCAGUGAAUUUUUAAUUUUUAGUUAUAAAUCGCCUAACUUGUCACAAAUCUGGGAGAAAUCACCCUGGAAUCUGAUCAUCUUUUUUCGGAAUGUCAUGGAGGAAGCAGCCAGCGCAGGCCCCGAAUGGAAACAAUGAGUCGCACGGAUAGACGGGUAGAGCACCACAGAUCUCCGGUGACAGUGGUUACCCCGUAGGUCUAGGAAGCAAAUUGAAGGCGCUGAUCGCGGAGGUCUGAACACUGGCCCUGUGGUAUGAGAGGGUCUGCAUCUGUAGCAGGUGGAUGUGCAGGGCCCAACUUGAAGCCUACGAGCUCCGCACACUUGACAGAUUUAAAUGCUUAUAAUGAUGAAACUUGGAAAGCUAGCUACUGCCUAGCUUGCGAGCCAAGAACUCAUCACUGCCUCAGCUUGAAAUGAACGUUAGCUUGCUACAAGACUUUGACUAAGUUUAGCUUGCCAGGUAGCUAGCAAGAUAGCUAACACUGGUCUGGCACGGCAGGUAAAAUUUAAGGAGAAAGUUCCAGGUUCCCCUUACAAAUAGCUCGCUAGAUAGUUAGGGGUUCUCAUGUUAUUACUUUGGCUACACACCAAGAAAUAAGGAAUACAUGUCAUGGUCCAGGGAACAAUGUAAUAUGAAGCAGUGAUGUCGCUAAGGCGUGCUGGGUACUAUAGCUAGCGCUAGCUAGCAAAAUAAGACCGGAUCAGUUCACAUAACUACAUGCGUGUUUCUAAGAACAUUUCACCGCCGCAGUUAUGUGAUCUCAGAAGGACCAGAUUAUUUAAUCUAUUGUCUUUAGCUGUAUCUGGCAAUGAGAACCCUCUAUCUUUUUCGUCUGGCAAUGGAAUUAGCUGGCUAGGUUGCUACUAGUUACAGAGCCACAUCGUUGGUCACUGUAGCAAGAUGAAGGUGCAAACUGAUAGUAGUGUUAGAAUUGAAACUUGUAACCUAUCAGAGAUAUCUCUUCAUGACGCCGUAGAGCGUAAUGAAAUGACAAACAAAACAGAAAAACGUAAACAUUUACAAAACCCCGACUAUGUGUCCCAAGACGAACAGGAGGCGGGAUCGCAGCAGAAUCCUCUCACUUUACCACAGGAAUCAGUAUUUAGUAGUACUGAACUUAAUCUGACCACUGGGGAGCUCAGCAACGGGACAUUGUUGACCGCAACGCCAGGAAGUCCGAUUUCUGACUGUAAAGCUGAUAGUCGAGUAUUAGUAGAGGGGGAGCCUGAAAUAUCGGAGGACAGUCGGUCGUUGCCCGAGGAUUGCAAAUCUAGUGUUAUAAACGAUGAGGAUGACUUUAGCUACGAGCUGCAGCAAGCCUAUAGAAUAUUUCACGGAUUUCUGCUCGAAAAACACAAAAGUAUAACGGCUCCGUUCAUGAACCCUAUGAACGCGGAGGAGCAUGGUGACAGUGACCGACUACAGGAACCAAUGUGGUUCAGGAGGAUGGAGGAGAAGUUCGUUAACAAGGAGUAUGAGACUAUCACGGAGUUUGUGGCCGACUUCAGGCAGAUGCUGGAGAACUGUUACAGGAUCCACGGUGUCGACCACUGGAUCUCGAAACAGGCUCAAAAAUUGGAAAUUAUGCUGGAGCAGAAGUUGACACUGCUGUCUAGAACCUUACGGGAGAAGACUUCACUGGCUGUCACCUCAAAGGGUCGCUUUGGGACUGAAGAGGACAAAGGAUUUGGGAGCACCUCCACGAGGCGGCGGUCUGUGCCCCGUAGCCUGGCCACUAUAACAAUGGGGGCCAGCGAAUCUCUGAUGGUGCAGGCCCUUAGGCUGGAAGAGCAGCAGAGAGCCAAAGAGGAGAAGAGGCAACGCGAACAGGAGAAGAAAGAAGCAGAGGAAGCCUCUGCGAAAGAGCUGGAGGAGUGGGAGCAGGGACUGCUGGCCCAGGCCUCGCCCUGGUCCAUAGGUACCGUGUGGGAGCUACCGGCGAUUGGCCACUUCCUGUGCCUGGCCCAGACGGUGCUCAAUCUGCCAGAGAUUGUGUUCUUUGAGCUGGAGCGCUGCUUGCUCAUGCCCCGCUGCAGCACUUUCCUGGCCAAGGUGAUGACUUCGCUGCUGUGCCAUCCCCAGAGACGAGCCACCCUGCACCGGCGCCCCACCCUGACAUACCGCCGCUGGGAGGCGGCUCUCCGGCAGAAGGUGCUGGGCUGGUACCAGGCCAUGGCCCGGGCUGAGGACACAGCAGCUUGCGCAGAGCAGCUGGGCCUCUGCCCUCAGUUCUUCCGCACUCUGGGGGAAGUGAGCCCCCUAGAGGAGCGGCCCUUCCACCUUUUGCCGUUUAACCAGCGCGUCUGGCUGCUCAAGGGCCUGUGCGACUAUGUGUAUGAGAACCAGAAGGAGGUGCAGGACGCGGUGUUGGCCCAGCCUAUCCACGAGUGCAGGGAGUCCAUCCUGGGGUACGACGGGCAUGACAAUGCCUACAUCCACUUCCCCCACUUCUGCGGGGCGGACUUGCGCAUCUACUGCCAAAGUCCCUGCUCCUCCCCCGAGUUCCCCUUCCCAUCCAUUCGGGUGAAGAGGCAGGAGUUGAAGGAAACGGCUGAGGGAUGUUUGGAGACCAAGGGACAUGAGGGUUCCACAGGGACAGGGCAGCAGGGCGUAAAAGAAGAGGCUGACAGCUGCAGCGCAGAGCAAAAAGAGGAGGACUGCAGCUCGUCACGCGUGUGGGGACUGAUGGAGGGCUCGGGAGGAGGGGAGGGGGACACGCCUGUGAAAGUUAAAGCUGAACCUGACCAAAAAGGACAUAUCAGCCUGCACCAUCCAUGUAAGGAAGAUGGCAGCACUUCCAGCACGAGUAGCGUUAAGGAAGAACCCAUGGAAGUGCAGAGCAGCCCUGACGUGAAAAAGGAAGGGUGUUUAGGGCACGUCAAGGCAGAGUCCUGUGAAUCGCGGCUUCAGGUUGGAGAAGGAGAAAAGAGCAAUAAGAGGACAUCGCCCAUGAAUCCGGGGGAAACGUCGAGUGGCGUGGUUCCACUGAGCCCCGGGCAGAUCCGCGUGGUGUCUACCGGGACGUCCGCCGAGGCCCAGGAGCCUUGCCCGGCAUGCAGCAGUAACGCAAACCCAAAGCAGGAGCAUCACCGCUACUGCCCCAUGGCACCUCGACCCACAGCGGCCGCCCCCGACCAUUCGCCCCACAAGAGCCCGACCGAGGGGAAGGCCUGCUGCUUGCACCCUAAGAAAAAGAAAAGAAAGAAAAAGAAAGUGAAAGAGCUUGGGACUAAAGAGGGCCAGGGCAAACCAGGAGGGACGCGGCUUAACCUGGCCAAAGCCUUCAAAAACAACCUUCUGAAAGCAGCCACCACGGAAAAAAAGAAGGGCAAGAGGAAGAAGAGGAAAUUGGGCAAAAAGUUUGAGUCCAAAAAGGUUGGAGCAAAGAAGAGAAAAGCUGGCCCCAAACUCCCUGCUGAACCUACAUUUCAGCUCGUGUGUACCAGUCUAGAGGAGCUGAGAGAGCUGAUCAGCAAAACAGAGGAUGAGCUGGACGAGCUGGAAAGCACCAGAAAGAAAUCGGGGCGAUGGUACUUCAGGAGAGAAGCAGUAAAAGAUCUACACAUUACUCUUAUCAGACUGCUCAAUGAGCUCUCUCCCUGGGAGCCCAAACUUGUCAAGGCCUUCCAGAGGAACAGGGCCCGGUUAAAAAAGGAUUUUGAUGAUUUCAAGAAGCAUCCUGACUACAACAACUUUGUCAGAGAGGAGUGGACUGGGGAGGAGGGGGAUGGAGGCCUGGGCAAGGACAGCCAUUCAUCCACUGACAGCAUCAAGCCAGCUGAUGGGGAAGACAAACAGGACCAGGCAGCCAAGAAGGACACAGUUACAGCAGAUGAUGCUAAGCAGCAAGGAGUGGAGAUAUUAGGGAGGACCCGUUCAGCUAGACGGGAAAGCAUCGCCUCCGACGAGCAGAAACCAGCUUUGAGGAACUCUAAGAGGAGACAGAGUGGAAGCACAGAUGAAGAGCUGACCCCUCGGAAGAAAAACAAGAGCACUGCUGAGGAACAGACGUCACCAGCAGCGCAAACAGAGGCUAGACCCAGGGAGCCAAAUGCCGCCGCACAGAACGUAGUCACAGAAACCUCCAGGGUUACGACACCAAUGGCUGUUUUCCACAAGGGCUCCACGCCCAUACAGGCCUUGCUAGCCAGGAGUGUCGGGAACAAAGUGACCUUAAUCAGUCAGCCCGCUGCAGCUGCGAUGACGGCCAGCCAGAUGCAAAACAAGCCAGCCGUCUCCACGCAAACAACUAAAGUGUUGGUGAGCCCGACACAGGCACCGCAACCGGUACCCACACCAAAGAGUCCUGCUCAGGCUGCCCACGCUGUGCCCGGGGGCUUGGACCUACUCAGGAAGAACAGCAACAGUCCAGUAAAGAUUGCGGUGCAGCCGGUCCUUGAUCAGAAGACAGGGGAGAAGAUCUUGCAACAGGUGGUCAUCCUGCCUUCUAACCUGCUUAUCCAGAGGCAGCUGGAGAAGGACCCCCGGAAGUCCCAGCAGCAGAAGAUCCCUGUCCCUGUCUCCAAAGUAACGGUUCCACUGCCCAGCUCUCCUAAUUUCACUAGGGCUGACGAUGUUAAUAAAAUUCCCAUACAGCCAGUGGCUCCACUGACCGAGGCCUACAGCAGGAGCGUCUCGACUAGCACCAUUUCUUCCAGUUUACCGACGGCUGUAACGUCCACUUACAUGGGUGCCUCUGUCUCCAAAAUCUGUACCACUCAGAAUGUAAGCACUAAUAAAUCCGCUGUCACCGGUGACACCUCUACAAAUCCCAGCAAACCUCCCGAUGCCAAGCAAGAACUGAAGACCGUGUGCAUCAGGGACUCACAGUCAAUCCUUGUCACGACUAGAGGGGGCAACACAGGUGUGGUAAAGGUUCAGACUUCUGACCAAAAUGUCCCCGGUGCUUCGCCUCCUAGCCCUGUCAUCGCCAUUUCCCCACAGUUUCAAGCCUUCCUGGUGUCCAAGUCCUCUUCUCCCACAGCUUCCACUCCCCCAGCACUGUCUAGCACAGCCACAACUGUGUCGCCACCAACAUUCAGCAGACCUGCUCCCUUUGUUAGCCUGUCCCAGGCUCCCUCUACCAUUCCCAUUCCAAUCAGUGCAGGUCAGGCAGGAGGGACUAUUGUGAAUUUUGCCUUAACCCAGUCCCAUAAUGUUUCUAUUCCCACUUCGUUAACCGCUAACAAAUUUAAUACGUCUGCAAAAUCAUCAGUUGUCACCAAUCCAGCAUUGCCAGCAACUCCUCAUAGUAAUGUCAAUGUAACCACUUCCUGCGGAAAAAGUGGCAUGAUAAUCACUCCAGCAUCUUUGGUGCAGUACAGCACCAAACCACCAGUGAAAAGGGCUCAACCAGAGGAGAGACUGGCUGACAGGCUUCCCUUCCAGAAGGUCAUCCUCGUAACUCCGCCGUCAAGCAUUGCGCCUCCCGUAGCAACAUCCAAAGUUGCUUCCCCCGCUGCUUCCUCUGCCAUGCCGGCGCCAAGGCUGAUGCUGAUAAGUCAGGCACCUGUCUCUGUUGACCACUCUACAGUUAGCAUUCCAAAACAGGCAUUGUCUACUGACACCGUGGCAACUUCCCUGACGUCGACCUCUCAAGUCGUAGAUGUGAAAGUUGGACUUAAUGUUAGUCAAGUCAUCAGCAACAGUCCUGCCAGCACCUUGCAGAAGGUUCAGACAAUCGGGCUACUGCCAGAUUUAUCUACCAGGUUAUCAGCUGAGGCCUUGAACCCUGGCAAGCAAGUCAGUCUGUCUUCACCAGAAUUGGCAGCAAAAAGCACAUGUGUAACUGUGUCCAGGGCAGGACUUGCUGCAAGUACAUCAAGUGGUCUGAUUCUUGCUCAGACUUCUAGUGCUCUCACUGGAAUGACUCUGUCAACUGCAAAAAGUACAGGUUCAGCUAAGAGCAAUGAGUCUCCUGAUGGGAAAACCAUUGGAUUCUCUACUAUCAAAACCGGACAUUUUGCAUCCUCAGCUCUUUUAACAGCUUCUCAACAUCAUAGUGUCUCAUCAUCUAGUGCCUCUCUGGUGCCUGGUGUGGGUGAUGCAAAAAUAAGGCCAGCAGGAGGCAGUUCUCCGAAGGCCAUUGCGACUACUUCUGCAAGCAGUCUCAUUAGCAAAGACCUAGCUUUAAUGAACACCGCUGCUGCUGGGUCACCAACAGCAGGUCUUGUCCUCAAUAAACCAAGAUUUCCAGCACCGCUCAACACAAAAUCCUUUGCCUUCAAAGUAACCCCUCCUGCUUCACAGUCUCAGGCCGGAAACACCCCCACCCCUACCCAGAUGGUUAGCACCCCGGUCUCUGCUCCUCGACCUGCACUCCAGACUGUUAUUGGUUCCCCAAAUGAACCUGCUACUACCGUGCAACAAAGGAUUGUGAUCAACACUUCCGCCCCCCUUGCUCCUGGAACCCACAUCAUAAUCAACAACACCAGAUUCAUCGUUCCUGCUCAAGGUCUUGGGCCUGGGAGCCAUGUGCUGCUCAUAUCCAGCCCUGUCGUGCCUCUGGCUCAAGGGGCAAACCCCCCACCUGCUGUCCAGAAAAGCGCAGUUGCGUCCAGUGCACCAGCUCCUGCUCUGUCAGUCACACCAAGCCCAAGAAAGGCAACACCGACUGCACCACCCCAGCAAACCACAUAUCGACCCCCACCACCAUCCGCUGUGACAGUAACCCCCUCACCUGCUGCUCCUGUUCCUGUCCCUCACCAGGUUACUACUGUAGGGAGGAGUACUGUGAAAACUCCACUAUCAACUAGUAGCACCACUUCAGUUGCACAUGUUUCCCAGUUACUAGCAGCUGCACCCACUUCCCAUCUGGGCCUGCCAAGUCCCAUGAGAACUACCACAAGAUUGUCUGCUGAAGGGAAGGGCUUGCCAGUUCCUCCAUUGCAAGUUAUAGGUAACCAUACAAAGGAGUCUGUGAUUCCUGCCCAGUCAACAGGAGGUUCACAGAAUAACACUAUACCAGCACCUUUAUUCACGGGACUUGGAAACGCAUUACCCAAGGCACAGCUUACAUCAGCCUUGCAGCCAGUGGGAAAUGUCAUCUCCAGACCACAGGUGUUUCCUGCAGCCACUGCGCCUCCAAUAGGAAGCACGGUCUCUAGGAUGCAGUCUCUGCCUGUUGCAACAGUGCCACCUACAGGGAGUGCGUUCACAUGGAGACAGACAUCCCCUAUGGCUAUUCCACCCUCCACUAGCAGUGUCAUAAUGGCACCUGGCCAGCCAGCCAAGAUGGUGAGAUCAGAAUCAGUGAGCAUGGCACAAGCUUCCACCAGUCCUUCACAGACUCUGAGAAAGCAGGUUACUGCCCCAGUCGUAUUGGCAAGCUCCUCAUCAAAUAAAAUUCUAGUGAGUCCAGAUGGCGCCAUUUUAAAUGCCAUCAAAAGCCCCGCCCUCUCCGGUUUGCCACCAAUGUCUAAGGCUUUGACCACGGUGGUGGUAACAGUGAACUCGAAUACAGGCAAGGUGUUGUCCACGUUAAAGAGUGACGAUGCCCUGACACCAUCACAAGGAGAAAAAGGAGGACCUAGUAACUGAGACAGAAAGCCAGUACUUUUGGGACAUGCCAGAUGAAAGUCAGAUUCCAACUGCUUUUUAUCCCGUAACAGGAUUCUGUACAGCAAGUAGUUGUAUGUGACAACCAUUCUUUCACUUUAGGGUUUUUUUUUUUGAGAAACUGAAGCUUGAAUUACAUGUUUUUAACCUUAGACAUAUUACAGGACAGUACUGAUGGACACCAACAUGGAAGAGAUCCCCUGUAGCUUCUAGCUCAAUUGCUGAAACUGUUUGCUAAUAUAUUCAACAGAUGUGUGGGAUUUAUUUACUUGAUGUGUUUUUUGUAUUUCCUAAAGAAAACCAUUUGGAGAUCCCAAUGGGAUGUAUUUUGGAGGGAACUUGUCACAAUAAAAGAUGAAUUCAAUUGU